CCUCGGCUCCAGAAAUGAGAUCAGCGAUGAUUCGGAGGGCGAUGAAUGGCUGGAGCCGCCCGUCCCGGCGGAGGCCGGGUCCCGCAUGACAUCACCGAGGAGCGGAGGGCUGCGGGGAGGAAAAGCAUCCAGAAGCGGCUCCCGGGGACCGAUUAGGAUCGACGAUCGAAGAAGGGGGAAGGGGACGGGGCGCUGGGACGGGAGGGGAAAGGCAACACCCGCAGCCGCCCACCCGGCCCCCGCUCCUGCCUUCUCCCCUCGGCCGAAGCGGCAAAAGGCCACCCGAGAGGAGGGAGAGCCAGAUGGGGAAGGGCGGGGCAAAGGAGAGAGGGGCAAGAAGGGACCGUGUGUGAAGCCGCCCCGCCGGGCAUCGACGGAGAGGCGACGGCAGUCGAAGGGAGAGGGUCGACGGCGGGAGAGGAGAGGGGUGGGGUGGGGGAAACCGACCCACCCAAGCCAAAGCGACAGGCGUCUCUCUUCCCCACCCAGGGAGGCUGGAGGUCCGCGCCGGGGGAAGGGGGAGGAAGGAGCGCUCUCCUUCCCCCCGGGUGAGGAGAAGAGGAUGAGGCCAUGGCCGAGCUGGAGGCGGGCAGCGGCUGCGGGGGCAUCGGCGACGACCACCGGAGCGACAGCAGGAGCGGCGGCAGCGUAGCGGAGGGUGCAGCACCAGCAGCAGCAGCAGCAGGAGGAGGAGAAGGAGGGGGAGAGGAGGCGGCGGCGGCCAACGCUCCGUACGAGGACUACGAGUGCAAGAUCUGCUACAACUACUUCGACUUGGAGCGGCGGGCUCCCAAGCUGCUGGAGUGCCUGCACACCUUCUGCCAGGAGUGCCUCAGCCAGCUGCACCUCCGCGGGGCCGCCCAGCAGCAGCAGCAGCAGCAGCAGCAGCGGGAGCUGCAGCGCGGGGAAGAGGCGCAGCCGUUGCAGCAGCGGUUGCAGCAGCAGCAGCAGCAGCAGCAGCAGCAGCAGCAGCGGCAGCAGCAGGGCCCGUCCUGGCAGGAGGACGGGGGUCCGGGGUGGGAUGUCGGGGCUGGCCCCCGGGGCUCGGGGGGCCUGGCCUGCCCGGUGUGCCGCCACCGCACGGCCCUGCCGGACAGCCGGGUGCACGGCCUGCCCAACAACACCAAGCUGGCCGAGGCCUUCCCGCUCUACCUGCGGGCCGCCCGGGACCCGCUGCCCCAGGACCGCCUGCCGCCCCUGCCCCCGCCCCCCCCGGCGGCCCGGCCCGCCGACCCCGCCCCGCCCCGCAGGACCGGCCCCUCCGCCCGGACCCCGCCGCCCCGGACCCCCGGCCCGGCCUCGACCGCCUACGAGAGCUGCCACAACUGCAAGCGGGCGGCGCUGACGGCGGGCUGCGUCUGCGUCGUCUUCUCCUUCCUGGCCAUGGUCGUGCUGCUCUUCACCGGCCUCAUCUUCGUCAACCACUACGGAGGAGGAGGAGGAGGAGGAGGAGCACGGGGAGGAGGAGCAGGCGGGCCGGCCGGCGGCGGCGGCAGCCAGGCCGGGGGUCCCGCCGCCGCCCCCAGCGGCUCGCCGGUCCCGUCCCCCGUGGGUCCCAUCUGCCUGUCGGUGGCCAGCAUCCUGGCCCUCUUCUCCGUCGUCGUCACCUGGCUCAUCUGCUGGCUCAAGUACCGGCCCGAGGCGGCGGCGGCGGCGGCGGGCGGGGGCGCCGGGCCCGGCCGGGGCAGGGCCGCCCCCUCGGGCCGCAGGAGCCGCCCCUGA